AUGAAACGUGGUCAAAUCGAAGGCCACCGCGUGGGUAGUCUUCAACAUCCUUCAACUACACGACUCGCUUUCCGUUGUCUCCAGAUCUCGAGCUCAGAGUCCGUGCGGAGGCUGUGGGACCGUAUGGAUGCCAUGGGUGGCGCUAUUCCGGUCCGGGAGGUCUUCACCGCAGAUGCGACCGGGAGGUCUUCACUGCAGAUGGUGCAGCAGCGCAAAGCCGUCAUAGCCACGGACAUGAUAGCCGGACGCGUCCAGUCGUCCCUGUUCUGCCCGGUCCUGGACGGCUUCUUCCACGUGGGGACACAGUCCAUCACCAAGCUGCGCUCCGUCUGGUACUACCGGAAGCGGAUAGACCCCGACCUCGUGAAGGCGAUAAACAAAAGGAUCUUGUGGCUCUCCGAGUCCGCCGUGCCGUUCAUGCGAGACCAAGACCUCUACCCUAAGGGAUCCACCUGCUUCCUUGACACGUCCAAGCAAGACCGGAGCGACGCCUUCCAGCCACUCACCGUGCAAGACAUGCGCGCUGUCUUUGUGCUCUGUGGCUAUUUGAUCGCCAUGGCCUGCGUUUUUCUCCUCAUUGAGCUCAUCGUUCACGGGAUGUCACACUGCGCUGGCAGCCUCGCGUGA